CCGUACCCACUGUAUAUGAAAAUGUAUUUGCUUAUUAUUAGGCUGCAUAAAGUCAAUAGACUGUGCUGUUUAAAUAUUGAAACAUUACAUUUAGAGUAUUUUUACAUUUAUUAGUGUUAAUGACUAGAUUAGAGCUAUAUCUUCUAAAAUAUUACUGCUAAUUCUUGGAACAUAGUUGACCAGCCCAUAAUCUAACAGAUAUCAUGGACCUUCAAAUUCUAGUCUCCCUUCUUUAUUUGGUUAACCUGAUGAUUUCUGGGUCUUUCUGUAUGCUCUCAUUCUUGCCUUUGUGUAUCCGACACUCUUUUUUUCAAUAUCUCAAACAGAUCAACGUCUACUUUUUUAUUUUCUUGUAUCUUUUCCCCAUAUUUGAUGCUGCUGUAAAUGUUCUUUUAGAAGCUUAAUAAUUGUUGUGUAGCUUAAGUGACCCCUCCUGUGCAUUAACCCUAGGUGCAUUUGUCUGCAGUCAAGCAUUUAGAAUCAUUGAGCUUAAUUUUAUGAGCAGUAACGUAGAGUAGUAUUUUAGUAAUGUAGAGUGAGAAAUGACAUUUGUGUCAUGUUAUAAGUGCUGAUUUAUCUUAAUGUAGCAUCCCAGUGACAAAUGAGGAUCAAAGUAUUUGUUAUUUGCUGUCUUGUUUUCAACACCAACAUAAUUGCUAAACAAAACAGUAGGCUUUACAUUACCCUUCAUCCUCCAACUACAUUAGCAUUACAUUAAUUAGUAACUUAUUAGCACCAUCAAAAAACUAUAUCAUUUGUUGGUAAAUAACCAAACAAAAGCAAUAUAACAAAUACAAUUAAAGAUGUAAACUUUACUUGCAUGAAAGUUGAAACACAGCUUUAAUGAUUUAAUGACUUAAUUACUUUCCACUUAAUAAAACUAUUUUCAGGUUGUGGGGAAGUAAAAGGAGACACAGCUUCUAUAUGGCUGUAGCCUACAUUUUAAAUUCAUUGUUUGUUGUGUUCUCGAGUAGUUUAUGGAUGUAGAUGUUUUGACAAUUCAUAAUCUAGUUUUGUAAGUUUGGGUCAACAAAUUUCUCUUUUGGGUCUGGGGCUGUAAAGUUUGAGAACAUUUAACAACAUGAACAUGAAACAAUGCGAAUGAAUUUAAAUAUCGAUGUAGUUGUGUGUAUUUCUACUGCUUACCUUGUGAUUUUGCUCUUGUAUAGUUUCUAUUUUUCAUAAUAAUUUUUACUUUAUCUACUUGGAAUCAAGUUUUGUUUACUUAUUUCUCCAACUCAUCUUAUUUUGAAACAUGAUAAUUAGUCUCCAAAUCAUAGCUCCAAAUGCUAUGAAGUUGUAACAUUUUUAAUACGUCAUUUGCCGUUAGCCAGUUGCUGCGGAUGAUUGGUCAGUUUGAAUUUUGUUUUUGUCCAAUAGCAGCUCCUCUCAGCCUGGACAAGUCAGCGCCAACGUCGCUCCGGCUCUACUUUAUAAAGCCGCUGCUCGCAAUGUCAGCGCAUUCUUCUGUAUCUGUGAACACAGAGAAGUUAUUGAGACUAAAAUGGCUAGAACCAAGCAGACCGCCCGUAAAUCCACCGGAGGAAAAGCUCCCAGAAAGCAGCUGGCCACCAAGGCUGCCCGUAAGAGUGCUCCGGCCACCGGCGGAGUGAAGAAGCCCCACCGCUACAGGCCCGGUACCGUGGCUCUUAGAGAGAUCCGCCGCUACCAGAAGUCCACCGAGCUGCUGAUCCGUAAACUACCCUUCCAGCGCCUGGUGCGAGAGAUCGCUCAGGAUUUCAAAACGGACCUGCGCUUCCAGAGCUCCGCCGUCAUGGCUCUGCAGGAGGCCAGCGAGGCUUACCUGGUCGGUCUGUUUGAGGACACCAACCUGUGCGCCAUCCACGCCAAGAGGGUCACCAUCAUGCCCAAAGACAUCCAGCUGGCCCGACGCAUCCGCGGAGAGAGGGCUUAAACUCCCCCCACACCUCUUUACACCACAAUGGCUCUUUUAAGAGCCACUUCACUCAAACUGAACAGCUUCUUCCUCUGCUUCAUGUAGUUUAAUGAAACCAGUUAUUUUAGAUCCAUAUUAAACACGGUGAAUCACAUUAAGUGGCUUCCAAGAGAGCCACCUUAGACUUAGCUAGAUAGCAACAUGUUAACUUUCUUAUAUUUGUUUAGCUCUAGACUAUGGGUUACAAGCAACAUGAAGGUUACAUUAAUCUCCACAUGGAGUUAUAUUGGGCUUAUGCUGGAAGAAAUGUCAUUAUCAGUGUAAAGUUCUCAUCUGUGUAUGUUUGGAGUCCUGUUUAAUUUAGGGCCCAGACUUCUGAAAUGAAAACCGGAGACGUUUUUGGUUUGGUCAGUAAAUUAAUAAAAAUAUAUAUGAAAUAAAAA